GCUUCCCAGCUUCGCGCGCGGGUUUCGCCGGUGAGCGAGCCCGAGCCGCUUUGGGUUCGCGGUGGGUGCCGGGCGGCGCGGCCCUGUUUAACUCUCACGAGGACCCUUCAGCUCACCAUUUGCUGAAGCUUUAGUACGCACGGGAAAACUCAGUUGCUUCUUUUUAAUGCCUUGUGGAGGCACAGCAGCUGUUUUGAAGGUUAGGCUUUAGAGGCUGGAUGGUCCUCACGAUGGCUGUCUACAUGCUGGAGAGGCUGAGAACCCUGUAGCUGUUCAGUUUGCUGAGUGAGAGCUGACAGUUUUCUGGAGAGCCUUUGGAAGACUUAAGAACCUGGGAUCUGAUGUCAGUAAACCUCAGCAGGAGCAGCAGGAAGAAAAGGGUUUGGAUCAAUCUGUAAGAGAAUUUUCCACAGAAGCAAUGUCUUUGGUUCCAGUAACUCCCUAUACAUACACACCACUGAAUCUACUUAAGGAAGGAUCAAUUGUCAAUGUCUAUGGUGUUGUAAAAUUCUUUAAGCCGCCGUAUCUCACGAAAGGAACUGAUUAUUGCUCAGUUGUAACAAUUGUGGACCAGACAAAUGUGAAGUUAACAUGCAUGCUCUUUAGUGGGAACUAUGAAGCCCUUCCGAGCAUUUAUAAAGUUGGAGACAUUGUUCGCUUUCACAGGCUGAAGAUCCAAGUCUAUAAAAAUGAGCUUCAGGGAAUCAACAGCCCUGGUUUCUCAUCUUUGACAUUUGAAGGAACCUUAGGGACUCCUGUCACAGCACGUACUUCAAGCAAACUUUUUAGCUUCACUCCUAAGGACCAAAAAGUAGUAGAAGCCUUGCGGGUUUGGGCAUCCACGCACAUCUCAGCGUCUUCCACUCUAGUACAGCUGUGUGAUGCUCAGCCCAUGCAGUAUUAUGACCUGACUUGUCAGCUCCUGGGUAAAGCAGAAGUGGACGGAACAGCGUUUCUUCUAAAGGUAUGGGAUGGGACGAGGACAAUGUUUCCCUCUUGGAGAGUCUCCAUACAAGAUCUGACUUUCGAGGGUGACUUGAGCCACAUUCUGCAGCUACGGAGUCUGGUGAUAGACAUCCUAGUCUACGAUAACCACGUUCAAGUGGCAAAGGCCCUGAAGAUCGGAAGUUUUCUUAGAAUCUACAGCCUCCAUACCAAACUUCAGUCUGUUAAUUCAGAAACCAACACCUCAUUGAUAAGGCUGGAGUUCCAUCUCCAUGGAGGGACCAGUUACGGUCGGGGGAUCAGGGUCUUGCCAGAAACAAGCUCUUGUGUGGAUCAGCUGAAAAAAAGUUUAGAAUGUGCAGAUUUGGCAGUGAAUCAGCCCUCAGACGAUAUCUGUCAAUCAGAAAAUGAGGACAUCUUUGCACUUUCAAGCUCCGGAUCAGGCUCAGUAUCACUGUAUGAGGUAGAACGAUGUCAGCAGGUCUCUGCUACAAUACUUACAAACCACCAAUAUCUAGAGAAAACACCAUUGUGUGCCAUUUUGAAGCAAAAAGCUCCUCAGCUAUAUCGAAUCCAUGCAAAACUGAGAUCGUAUAUGCCCAGAAGACUCUUCCAGUCUGUUAAACUUUUUUGUCCUAAAUGCCAUUCAUUGCAAGAAGUUCCAUCUGAGGAUGAUUUGGAUAAAAUUUUUCAAGAUGCUACAACUAAUACUCUAAAUAGCAAGCUGCAAGAUACAUCAUUGUAUGACUCAAAAGUCUGGUCCACUGAAGGCCAAGGAGGACGGCAAGUCGCUGUUCAUUUUGUGAAAAAUGAUGGCAUUCUCCCUCUUUCAAGUGAAUGUCUCAUUUUGAUAGAAGGAGGAAGAUUCUGUGAAGUCUCUAAACUGUCAAGCAAGUUUCACAGUGUGAUUCCUGUGAGGUCUGGCCCCGAGGACCUGGAGCUCCUAGACCUUUCAACACCAUUCCUUAUACAAGGGAAGGUGUAUCACUAUGGAUGUAAACAGUGUUCAAGCUUGAAGCCUAUACAAAACCUAAAUUCCCUUCUUAAUAAAGGACUGUGGAUUCCUUCCUCUGUGGCAGAAGUUCUGGGCAUUGAGCCUCUGCAGUAUGUGUUUGUUAUGACCUUCACUCUGGAUGAUGGGACAGCAGUUCUGGAUGCUUACCUCAAGGACUCUGAGAACUUUUUCAAAAUCCCAGCAUCCGAAGUCCUCACAGAUGACAGCCUUCAGAAGAGUCUGGAAACAGUCAUGGAUAUGAUAUGUCCACCAGGAGUAAAAAUUGAUGCAUACCCAUGGCUGGAGUGUCUCAUCAAGUCCUACAACGUCACCAUCGGAGGAGAGCAACGAAUUUGUUACCAGAUUUUUGACACUAUGGUUGCAGAAGAUGUCAACUAGUGCUGCCAUACAGUGCAGUGUGUGGGAUUUUACAGUUUUAGAAAAGGUUAUGACUCUCAGAUUCUCAGAAGACAUUUCGCUAUUGUCAAAAAGUGUUAUAUACCCAUUUUCACCAUAGUUUAGUUCUUUUGUACAGAAAGAUAUUUUAUAUUUAUUUAUACCUACUUGUGAACAUGUUAAAAAUGCUUUGUUACUAAUCAUGUCCAGGGAGGUAGAAAAUGAGGCCACAUGGCUUGAAAAGGACCAGGCUUUCUUGGCUCUUAUUUAUAAAACUCUGGUGGCUACUUUCCAUCCUGUGCUGUUUGGAUUCAUCUUUGUGAGAAGAAUCUGUUUGGCCACCCUUCUCAAAGAAGCCUUGCUGUGCUUCCACACAUGUGUAUCAGGUUACCUGAGUUCUGCUUGAACGUAUGCCUUAGUGAGCCUGGCUGUACUAAAGGGGGGAGGGGCCUGGGUUGCCCUAAGUAGACAUGGUACAAUGUUUUGUUUAGGUGCUGUUGUUGCCCAUGUUAGGAUAAUGUAUCUCUUUGAACCAAAUAGUAUAUUUGACUUCCUGCUUCCCUCCAGAAUACUCAAAAGUUAUUUCAUUCCAUCUAACAAAGUGGUGGAAUUUAUGAUUUUUAUAAACCAUAUGUGUCUUAACUUUUCCAGGGUUCUUGUGUAAAAUAUGCCUAUAUUGCAGAUAUUGAGAUGUUAACUCAACUGAAUGCUCUUGUUUUUAUUCAGUAGUGUUUAUCAACUUACAGGGGUUUUUUAAUAUUUUGCACAAUACAUUUUGAUCACCUUUUCCCCUUCUCCCUAAUACUCCCUACACACCUAAUUCCACACACUUUUUUUCUCUCUUUAGAAAACAAGCAGAAAAACAAAACAAACAAGCCAUAAUACAAAAAAAGGAAAGCACAAGAAACGCACACACAUACAAAAUUUAUACAUCAAAAUCAGAAACCAUAACAUACGAACAAAAAGCCAGUAUGGCAAACAAAACAAAACAAAAACAGAAAAAACAAAGCCGAAAUAAAGCAAUAUGAGAUAAGUCUACAAAAUACCAUUAA